GGAGCGAGGCAGCAGGCCACACACCAGGAAGUAGAACCAGUCUGUAGUUUCCAACAUGUUCCUCUGCGGCGGAUAUAAAGAUAAAAGGAGCGCGCGGCGGCAGGAGAGCUUCAGUGUUCGAACCCUCGGCAGUCCGCGAUGUGUGAGGCCGUGCUGCUGGAUCUGAAACACGGCUGCAGUCCCGAGUGCCGCGGCGCGGCUCCGCCGGAGGUGUCUCAUGUUUUCCUGCUGCGCGGGAAACCUUCCCCGGAGGACGUCAGCGGCUUUUCAGGUGCGUUUCAGAGCGCGUGCGGGGGGAGCGUGCACGUGCUGGACUCCGGCUCCACCGCGGAGAGUUUGUACCGGCUCAAGCAGACUGUUGACCGGCUGCAGCUCAGCUCCAUCCGGGUUCUUACGACCGCGCAGGGCCGGGACGUCCUGCUUCUCUACCAGCAGCUGCUGUUUACGGCAGUGUACACCUUCGAUUACGUCACCUGUCCGAGCUGCACAGGCCCCGCCCACACGGACUCACCUGGAGGAGGAGGAGGAGGAGUCCAGGAAGAAGUUUCCGUGUUUGUGCAGCAGCUGCCGGCGCUGAAAGGAGAAAUCACAGUCCUGAAGUCCACUCUGAUCCCAGACUGUUUCGGUCAUGGCUUCAGCACCCGUAGAGGGGGCGUGUCCUCCAUCCCGACGCUGUCCUCCCUCAAUCUGUUCAGCAGCAGCCGGAGGAGGGACCCCGUCGCCGUGGUGACGGAGAACAGACGCAGACUGGCUGUCCACGCCGGUUUCCACCCUCAGCCGCUGCGUCUGGUCAAGGUGAACCACGGCAGCGAUGUUUGGGUUGUGGGCAGCGCUGAGCCGGAGAGCUACGACGCCAUGGUAACGGAUCAGACGGGCGUGGUGUUAGCCGCUCCGGGAGCCGACUGCAUGCCCGUCCUGUUCGCUGACCCCGUGUCAAAGGUCAUCGGAGCCGCUCACGCAGGUUGGAGAGGAACCCUGAUGGGUGUUGCCGCGGCGACCGUGGAUGCCAUGGUGAAGGGGUUCGGUUGCCGGGCGAGUGACAUCGUGGUUGCCGUGGGCCCGUCGGUGGGGGCGUGUUGCUACACGAUGGAGAGAGAGACGGCGCUCGGCUUCCAGCGCGUCCACCCAGACUGCGUCGCUGACCCCGAGUCAACCCGGCCGCACGUCGACAUCCGCCUCGCCAACAGGAUUCUCCUCCAGCGUGCCGGCGUCCUGCCCCAACACAUCCACGACCACACGGACACGGGGCGCCCCUGCGUGACGCCGUGCACCGCGUGUCACCCCGAAGACUUCUUCUCCCACGUCAGAGACGGACUCAACUUCGGGACCCAGCUGGGGUUCCUGUGGAUCAGAGAGGCAGCAGAGACGCUCUGAUAGGAGGGACUGCAGCCAGGGGGGCGUGUGCUCCAUUUACACUAGCUAGACAUAUGAUAACAGAAAGCUUAGAAAUCUGUACAUUCAUUUGGGAAAACAUAUCACCAAACUACACCAGACUCCAUGUAAAUAAUCAGGACUUUUAGCGUGUAUAGAGCC